GGGUUAGGAGGGUAAUGUUGGUAAACAAAGCCAGUUUUGGGAGACAGUCCGUAAUCAUGACUUCCACUGCGGCCUUGAAGCCGGCCAUCGACAAGGUCCUGGUUGAAAAGCGUGCUUUGAAAAUUGAAGAGAAGGCCCUGAAUGAGACCCUGGCCAAGCUCAAGGCUCAAUUGACCCAACUUCAAGUAGAAGCGCUCGAAAUACGGGCUCGGGCUCGGCAACAAAAACAAGAACCUGCAAGUGAAUAUAACUUGGACGAAAGGUUGCAUCAUCGUGGACAUAGCCGUUCAACUCGUCAAAGGGAUUUCUCAUCGGGUCCUACGUCGAGCACAGCCACGCAGAACCCGGAAAAUAUCAAUGAGCAAGAACUCGAAUUGGCCGUAGUCGAUCCGCAAGCCAUCUUACAAAAGAUGAUGGCGGGUCAAUUUGAAAUGGAGGACGAUUUCGAAGAAGAGGAGGAGGACGACGACGACGACCCGUGAUUGAGAUGCUAAAUACUCAACAAUGUUUUGUGGCUGUGAAUCUGUAUUUCAUAUUCUCAGAUGCAAGUUUUUGUCACUUUUGAGUGAAACUGGGCUGCCAUUUCUUCAGCUCGAGCAAUUAUACUUUCGGAAAUACCCGCUAAA